GGGACGGGCACCCCCGUCAAGAGCGCUCUCUCGCGCUCCGAUAUUUGCUCAGGGCUCUCCCUGAACCCAAUCAAGGACUCGCUGGCUGCACUUUUCCGGCCGGGCUGCUAGAGGCGCCUCCUCUCCCCUUUCAUAUCUCCAUCGGCUGCUCGCAGGAGCGGCCGCCGUCGCGCAGCUCACUUCGCUCCCUGGAUCGGCCCGAUCGCAGCCCGCCGGACACGGAGGAGGGACCCCGAUCCCCGCGAAAGAGGCCAGCUUUGAAGGAGGCCCCGGAGCAGCAGCGAGGCCAGGCCGACGCUGAGCACCCCGCCGCAGGGCUGGAUGGCCCUGGCUGAGGGUGGCUGGUGCCUGCUGAAGCGCUGCGCAUCCCACGACUCGCUGUGCUCCUUGGUACCCAGGGAGCUGCCUGGUCCGUCACCAUCACCCUCCUCGUCGUCGGACUGCUCCCCGAGCGGCAACACCUGCGCGAACAGGACCUUCAAGCAGGAGCCCGGAGGAGUGCUGCAGCCUUCGCAGCAGCCGCUGGGCCUCACCGAGGGCCGGGCUUUGCUGGGCCCUUUCGUGUCCUUGGCUGCAGCUCCGUCCAGCUUGCCCAACUGGGAGGACUUGCUGCUCUUUGCGGACCUGGAUCAGACCAACAAGCUCAUCUGGUCCAGCCGUGCCUCAGCCAAGCUGAGCCCGGAUCCUGCCCAGCCUCCCCCACCAUCUGUCGAGGACAUGUACCCCCACCCGCACGCCCACCACCCGCACACCCACCACCACCCACAAGGCCUUCAGGGCAGUGCCUACGAUGGCUCGUCUCCUGGCAGCGGCGGCGGCAGCUUCGUGCAGUCGGCUGGAUCGCCUGUCUAUGUGCCCACCACCCGUGUGGGCUCCAUGCUGUCCCCCUACCUUCAGAGUCCUGCAGGCGCUGGUCAGGGUGGAGGACCAUCGGCUUGGCCCCCACAGGCAGGCCCUGAAAGCCCAUCAUCCUCUUAUGGUGCCCCCAGCGGCGGGUGCGCCCACCCAGCUUCUGGCCGCUUUGCCUACCCAGCUAGUAGUCCACCGGUGACCAACGGCGCCUCCCGCGAGCCCACCACCUACAACCCCCGCGAGCAAUUCCGGUCUCUGAAUGGAUCCUACUAUGGGCCUUAUGUGGGCGCCCAGUUCAGCACCCCGGGGUGGGCCAGCCCCUUCGACAACUCCAUGCUGCACUGCCUGCCCAGCCGAGCCGCUCCCCUCGCUGUGCGGCCCUCCAGCGCAGAUCUCCUAGAUGAUCUCUCAGAGAGCCGGGAAUGUGUCAAUUGCGGCUCCAUCCAGACCCCGCUGUGGAGAAGGGAUGGCACUGGCAACUAUCUCUGCAAUGCCUGUGGGCUCUAUACCAAGAUGAACGGCCUCAGCAGGCCCCUUAUCAAGCCCCAGAAGAGAGUGCCUUCUUCAAGACGACUAGGCUUGUCUUGUGCCAACUGUCACACUACGACCACCACGCUCUGGCGCAGGAAUGCAGAAGGGGAGCCUGUGUGUAAUGCCUGUGGCCUGUACAUGAAACUUCACGGGGUGCCCCGACCCCUUGCUAUGAAAAAAGAGGGAAUUCAAACCAGGAAAAGAAAACCGAAGAACAUAUCUAAGAUAAAAUCUUGCUCGGGUAAUAAUAGCAAUAAUGGUGUUCCUAUGACUCCAACUUCCACAUCUUCUACGAACUCAGACGACUGUAGAAAAAACUCUUCACCUAGCACACAAACCACAGCCUCAGGGGGGGUCUCUGCAGUGAUGGCUGGCCGCGGAGAGACUACCAGUCCUGAGAACAACACGCUCAAAUAUUCUGGCCAGGAAGGGCUGUAUUCAGGUGUCAGCCUGACUUCCACUGCAGAAGUGACCGCCUCUGUGAGACAGGAUCCUUCCUGGUGUGCCUUGACUCUCACAUGAAUUGCUGACAAAUCCAUGGUGCUGGAUACUUGCACUGGGCAGCCGCCAUCUACACUUGUCUUGUGUAUUUUGUUGUUGUUGUAUCAAGCAGCCCAAGAAGCAAUGAGAAUGAUGGCAGGGUCAUUCCUCGCCAGUCGUAUCUGUGCCUUGAUUUUAGAGGUGUUUACUUCCCUUCCCCCAUCCCACUGCCUUUGUUUGAUUGCCCAGGUCCUCUGCUAUGCAAGACAUCAAGGGAGCCCAAACCGCUUCUGUUAGCUCUCGAGGAGUGUCUGCCUGCACUAUUGAUAGAUCUUCACCACUACUACUAGUGUUGCCUUGUGAAUCUGUGGAUUGCAUAUUUGUUUCCACCCCUGCUCUAAACAUCCAGGAUCCAAUUUGUGUUGGCAUUUUCUGUAGACAAAUAGGCCAAGUUUGCUUUUUUAAAGGAUAGUGCAACAUAGAAGAGCUAAACAAGCAUGCGGCUUGUUCCAGUGUGCGUAUCUUGAACUUGAUGGUUUGAUGUGAUCUCAUCUUGCAGGUCAGUGUUCCAGCUAGUGCCUUCUGCUCACAAUAUGCCCACGUUUCUGAGUAUCUUUUCUGAAACAGACUUCUAAUACAGUCCAAUGAAGGAAAUCACAUUUGGUACACCCUUCUCAAGUUAGAACUUGCUAACGAGAACUUGGUAUAAGAUAUUUGCAUUUUUUUUUAACCUAUACUGUGAUGGAGGAGGAUUUUGUGUCUAUGUUGUGACUGUACUGUAUGUAGUCAGUCAGAAUUUGUAAACAGGGUAGCAUUCAGAUUUUUUUCUCCUUCCAUAUAUACAUUAAUUUUUGUCUUUUUUAUAUAUAAAAGUGCAAUUUGUGCUGCAGCAAUCAGUGUUAAAUCAUAAGCAUAAGAUUUAACAACAGUUUUUAUAUGAAUGAAUGGAAUGAAUGUAAACAUUUUAACUUAAUGGUACGCAAAUAAUUUAAAAGAAAAAAGUUAACUAGACAUCCUCAUAGGGUUUUUUAUUACAGCAAAAACAUUCUACUUCUGUGUUUCUGAUUUUUAAAACAAAAGUUUCAAGAACAAAUGUUUUCUCAGGAAAAAAAUGACCCUAACUGUCUUUCUGGUCAUAAGCUUUUAUAGAAAACUACACAGUCAUCCCCAGUAUCUUGCCACUGAAUAAAGUAUGUGCUAGAAAAGUAUCAGUUGCAGUAAAACUUUACUACCUAGUGGAUAAAUAUGUAAAUACUCCAUUAAAAUAUUAAGGCAUCUAUAAAAUAUUAGAUGCAGUCUGUAUGAUGUAGCUAAUCCAUAGCUAGGUUGGCUUACAUUUUUUUUAAUGGGAUGUCAUGUGGAAAGUUGUUUUCAUCAAAGGUUUAAAAAUAAAAGGGUUAUGUGUUCUUUCUGUACAAUCUGAUUUUUUCUUUAGUAUAUUUAUACAACAGAAGCAUGCUCAAGUGUGUAAAGGAAUUGGGUAAGUAAACAUUAGAACACUAAGCCCUCUGCCAACCAAAUGCACAAGUAAUGGUAACUUCCCUUAUUAUCACCACCCAUCAACAGCACAGAGAGGGAUGGACCAUUCAUAUUCUACCAGUUUGGGCUAUUCAGCGUGUUGGACAGGUUUUGUAACAUUUUGGUUGGUUUUAAUAAAAGUAUUGCCCAGAGGUGGAUUUUGAACAGA